GAAAAUCCACAACAGAAGAAGAGCGAAUCCCGCACAUUCUUACUGCGUAGAAACGUCUUCUGUUCUGACAAAAACGGAAUAAUCUCAACAUGGCGGAUGUUACAAAUCCUGAAGAAGAGAUUAAAGAAGAAGAAGAAGAAGAAAUUGAAGCGUCUGUUUUGUCCGAAAUUGACGAGACUUCUCAGGAAACACCGAACGGCGUGAAAACGGACAACGAGGAGAGUAAGGACACCCAAGAAAAGCACGACUCCAAGGAGAAGUCCUCUGCCGGCAAACGAGCACCCCGCUUCCAUCCCUACAAAGAUAAAUAUGGAGAGAAGAAGAGCGGUCACAGGAACCGGGUGUUCAUCAGUAAUAUUCCUUAUGACAUGAAGUGGCAGGCCAUCAAAGAUGUAAUGCGUGAGAAAGUUGGUGAGGUUACAUACGUGGAGCUCUAUAAGGAUGCAGAAGGAAAGUCAAGGGGUUGUGGUGUGGUGGAGUUUAAAGAUGAGGAGUUUGUGAAGAAGGCCGUGUCGACCAUGAAUAAACAUGACCUGAAUGGAAGACCCCUCAACAUCAAGGAGGACCCUGAUGGUGAACAUGCCAGGCGUGCGCUGCAGCGCAUGGGAGGAAGCCAGCAGGGGGGUCGGGUGCAGGACAUGGGCCCCAGUGGGAUGAACGUCCCCCACUCCAUUGCCAACAACCCCAACAUACCACCAGAUGUCAUCCAUGCCCUGCAGGCUGGGCGGCUGGGCACCACGGUGUUCGUGGCUAAUCUGGACUUCAGGGUGGGCUGGAAGAAGUUGAAGGAGGUGUUUGGCAUGGCAGGUUUGGUGAAACGAGCAGACGUUAAGGAGGAUAAAGACGGAAAGAGUCGCGGGAUGGGAACUGUGACGUUUGAACAGCCGCUGGAGGCAGUUCAGGCCAUCUCCAUGUUCAAUGGACAGAUGCUCUUUGAGCGGCAGAUGCACGUGAAAAUUGAUGAAAAGUCUCUUCCUCCUGAGGAUUUCCGUCAAGUAGAAAAGUCCUCUCCGUUACCUCGUGGUCUGGGCGGAAUCGGCAUGGGGUUGGGACCGGGAGGCCAGCCCAUAAAUGCUAAUCGUCUCAGUGGGGGAGGAAUGGGCUCCAUGGGACCUGGAGGUAUGGACUCCUCCAGUUAUGGUGGGAUGAACAGACUUGGAGGAGGUACUAGUGGAGGGGGUUUCGGGGGAAUGGACAGUAUGAGCAGCAUGGGGGGGUUCGGAGGCAGAGACUUGGCUUCGGUUAGCAGAAUGGGAGACAUGUAUCGAUCCGGAAUGGGGGGGAUGGAUCGAGACUUUAGCCAUGGUGACAUGUCAAUGAACCGAGGAUUUGGGGACUCGUUUGGAGGAAUGGGUGGUGGUUUUGGAGGAGGGAUGGGCAGUGGUGGCAUGGGACCCAUGGGCUCCGGUUUAGGUGGUGGAAUGGGCAACAUGUCCAUGGACAGGAUGGGCUCCGGCUUCGACCGUUUAGGCAUGUCAGGAAUGGACAUGAACCGUGGGUUUGGUGGCUAUGGCGGUGGAGGCCACUUGGGUGGAGGCUCCGGGUCCAAAGGAGGCUGUCAGAUAUUUGUGAGAAAUCUGUCCUACGACCUGACAUGGCAGAAGCUCAAGGAGAAGUUCAGCCACUGUGGCCAGGUAAUGUUUGCUGAAAUCAAAAUGGAGAACGGCAAGUCGAAGGGAUGUGGAACGGUGCGGUUCGAUUGUGCUGAGAGCGCCGAGAAGGCCUGCAGGAUGAUGAACGGAACCAAGAUCAAUGGACGAGAGGUGGAUGUCCGCAUCGAUCGCAACGCCUAAAGAUAGUUGUCACAGAAAAAAACACUCACACAUUCUGCCCUGUUUAGUGAUCUUUGUUUUGUUUUAAAAACACAAUAAUUCAUAUCCUUAAAUGUCCACGGUCUCUUCUGUUGUUGUUUUUAUGUUCUACUUUACUAUUUUAUCUUUAAUUUGUUAACCCCUUUAUAAUUUGCUGGGCUGUGUAUUU